GGCUAAAAGACAUGCGUACUGAACUUUGAACCACGCCCACCGGAAGUACGUAGAGUUUCCCCGGGAAAGCUCGGUUGCCACAGGAGAAGGGAGUUCUCUGAAUCCGCUGAAGUGCUGGCUAAAGAUGGAGAAGAUCACAGAGAAACUUCUGCUGGAGAAAGGCUCUCCUAAAACCAACAAACUGGCACAAAUCAAGACCCUGAAUCUGUCCAAGCUGAAGCUGGAGCACAAGGACCUGCCGGUGAAGCUGCUGUCCGGGCUUCAGUCCCUGGAGCGUUUGGAUCUGUCUGGGAACAGACUGCAGGAGCUACCGAAGAACCUGAAGCUGCCUGCGCUCCGACACCUGGACCUCAGCGAUAACCAGAUGGAGGAUGUGACAACGCUGGAGUCCCUGUGUGGUCUGGAAGAGGUCAAGAUGGAGGACAACCUUUAUAUCACUGUGAGUGAUAAUUACAAGAUGAUGGUGUUGCUGCCCAACCUGAAGUUUUACAACGGUAAAGACAUCACCUCCACUGCCAACCACGUACGCUUCGUCUACAGUGAGAACUUAAGGACCAGGAUAAAUGCAGUUUGGGAGAAGAGCUUCAGCCUCCCUGACCCCGUCACAGACAAGAGCAUGUCUGCCCUGGAGACUAAGUUUGUCAGCAUGGCCUGCCAGCAGGUCAAGUUUGGACCCAAUUCAGUCAGCGACUUCACUAAAUGGAGGGUGGAGAUUCUGGCCAAGGAGUAUCUGCGCUCUCUGACGGAGCCACAAGAAGACGCUGAGAGCGACGAGGACAAUGAUGCUAAAGAGAACUGCGACGUCUCUACGCCCUCUAAGAGGAAACAAACUGACUCCACUGAAGUUCCCAACACCAGCCUCACACCUCGCAAGAGACCACGCACAGACCUCCCAGCCUCCCCAGCAGCCGACAGCCCACGCAAAUCCAGCCUCCGCCCCAAACUUCAGAUGCUGACCGAGACGGUCCGGAUGAGCCCUCGCAAGGCAGCCCAACCUCCCUCCACCCCAACCCGAGGACAGAAGAGGGCAGAACCGCCCAGAAGAGAAGCCAAAGUGGGACAAACUAAGCAGAAGGACGUCGGAAAAAAAGAGUCUGAAGGAACAGAGCUGCCCGAGAGCUACAGCCAGACAAAGCCGGUGCACCUGAAGCCUCUCCACGUCCUCCAGUGUCACAGUAAAAACGACAGCUCAGGGGACUUCUCCACUCAGCUGUGGGCCUGCGCUUUCCAGCCGCUGCCAGAUUCCACAGGCGCUGGUGGAGGGAGUCGCCUGGUUGCUACCUGUGGAGGAGACUCUCUUUGUGUGAUCGAUUGUGAAACAGGGAUGGUGAUGAAGAAGUACAAAGUCCCUGGAGAGGAGUUCUUCUCCCUGUCCUGGUCCACUGUGUUGAUGUCCCGGGGAGGUGGAGCCUCGGCUCAACACUGCAGCAUCCUGGCUGCUGGGGGUAAAAGAGGACUGGUCAAACUGAUCCACCCCAGAAACAACGUGGCCUACGGAGAGUUCAGGGCCAGCCGGAAGAGUCUGUCCAUCCUCCGCUUCAACCAUCACCAAGGAAACUUCCUGUUUACGGGAUCGUACGAUAAGAAGAUAGCAUUGUGGGACAUUGGUGGAGUGGACAGCCAGUACAACUACAAAGUUGUUCAGCUGCUGGUGUUGGAGGUCAGCGCCACCCCUCUGCACAUCUGCCUCCCUCCCAAAUCCCCCAACACACACCUGCUGACCGCCUGUGAGGACGGCCUGCACUGCUACAACACACAGCUGGGCACCAACAAGAGCACAAAGAGCAGGUCUAAGGACAUGGAGAUAACGUUCCCCAUAUAUAAGAAGGCAGACGAAGACAACGACUAUCGCACCAUCGAUGGGUUGAAUUUUCUCACUGAUGAUAUAGUGGCCUCUAAGAACUUCAUGCACGGCUCCAUCUACCUGUGGAGCUGGAGCAGGACGAAGGCUCAGCGGCCUGAUAAGAAGUACAAGGCAGUGAGCGCGGUGGUCCUGGCUGAGCUGCAGUGGGCCAACACUGAGAUCCCAUACCUGGCUCUCAACACCUGUCCAGGCCAGGCCUACAUAGUGUGUGGUGACGACAGGGGCAAGCUGUGGACCUACCACGUCACUGACCUCCAGAAGAACAGUCUCCAGACUGGGAAAGCCAUCCUGCCCACAGAGGUGUUGGAGUGGCCGGCCCCGCAGAGGAAAGGUGUGGGCCAGGUGGAGGGUCCCUCCAUCAACAGUGUAGCGAUGGACCCUGAGCUCAACUUCCUGGUGGCUCUAAGUGACAAAAACAUGGUGAUCGUGUGGAAGAGAGACCAGUCAUCCUGAGAGAUAGAAACCAUGUAACUCUGCUAACCAAAUGCAAAACUGUAGUUUUUGUACUGUUGAAAAAACUGAGUUUACCACAUGAUGGUACUCUGGAGGUCAAACUGACAACAUUUGGGACUGAAUGAAAGAAAGCAUGGAGGCAGAGUAAACAUGAUGCACACAGACUGCUGUGGGUCAGUCUGAGAGAUGUUUGAGUCACUUUGCUCAGAAUUUGUUGAGCAUAUAAUGUAAAUCUUUUAAUUUUAGAGGACAUGAACUGGUAUGAUCUGACUGCUAUUAUAUGUGAUAGAAGAGGAGCUCAUUGUUGCUUUGUAACACAAAACUCAGAUUUUAAAUGAUUGUAUCAUAAAGAUAACGCACAAAGUAACGCCCAGUUCAAUGAUGAAAGAGGAUGUAGAUAAGAUAUAGAGACUGAAUGUGCUCCUGCAUUUAAUUCUAUGGAGUAACAAUUGAGCAGCGUGGGCUGAUAAUGCAGCUGCAGCUUGACUGAGGACUUUCAGUUUUAAUGCAUUGCUUUAUUUCUCCGUUUUUAAAUGUAUUUUAUUUUGAGCCAAUCUGUAGUUUUAACUUUCCUUCAGUAAAAGCUGCAGUAAAAAGCUGCUGAUGAAUGUUUGUCAGGUUUCCAAAAACUGGACUCUUAAAAAGUUGUUUGGAGUAACUUAAAACCUUAAUAAGGUAGUCAAACUUUCAGGGUCAGGCUUUGAGAGUUUUAAGAUCCCAAAGUAGAAAAAACUCAGAGAAAAGGACUCAGAGUUCCUCUUUACAUUUAUUUUUGUACAUUUUUUAAUGUAUCUUUUUUAAUGUUCAUAUUUUUGUGAAUAACUGAAUGCGCAUAGACCAUGUCUGCUGUUUUAUAAGGCCGGUCUUUGGACCUUGAUGUUUACUGUAACCUUUUAAUGUUGUCCUAUCAAUGAGAAAUGCAACCAGUUUCUUUACAGCGAUAUGAGUAGCUGCUGCUGUUAGUGAGUUGCAGUUACAGUUGCCAGGCUGCUUUUAUACUCUUCACUUCUAAGUCUUCAGGUUGUGCAAAGUUGUAAAAAAUAUAGUUUCAAUUAGAAACAUGUCACUGAAUAUUUUAAGUCAUUCUUUUCUUGUGGGUUUGAGGCUGCAUAUUAAAUACUAGAAAUAAGAAAUACGUGCUGCCUCUUUCAAUGUGUUUCCACAAAUUGUGAACGCUGCUUUGACGUCUGUAUUAAAGCUUCCAAGGGAAAAACAGAUGAGUUGAUUGAUCUUCUAGGGACUGUAUGUUUGAUGUAUUUAAAAGGUAAGGUGAUAAACAGUCAUAGUUUUGGAUCAACAAGUGUUUUUUGUUAAUCGUAGAAAAACACAUUUAUUUAGUAUUUAUGAUGUCAUUUAAUCUCAGAGUCUUUGCUUUGUGUUGUGUGAUUAUUGGAUCAGAUUCCAUAUUGUUUUGUUGACUCCAUGUCAUUGUGUCUAAGGAUCUCACCUCUGAGGGUAAGAUGACCAUCUGCUGCUGACUUCUGAGAAAGGAAACCCUUUGAGCAUCUCUUAAAUAA